AUGGAGGAAGCAUCAACAUCGACAUUAGGGCCAAUGGCUGCGAAACCCACCGUUGUUAGGAAGACAAUGGCGAAGCAGCUGACCGGAAAACGUGAAGAUUCACCGCUUCAUUUGGCUGUAAGACGCGGAGAUUUCUCUGCGGUGAAGAAGAUUCUGAGUGAUCAUAUGGAAUCAGAUGAGGAACUAAGAGAGGUUUUGCAGAAACAGAACCAAUGCGGUGAGACCGCGCUUUACGUGGCGGCAGAGUAUGGCGACGCCGAGGUGGUUGCAGAGCUGAUCAAGUACUAUGAUUUAGCCGAUGCAGAGACCAAAGCUAGAAAUGGGUUCGAUCCUUUCCACAUUGCUGCUAAACAAGGCGAAUUGGAGGUUUUGAGAGUACUAAUGGAGGAACACCCGGAGCUAGCAAUGACGGUGGACUUAUCAAACACGACGGCUCUACACACAGCGGCGGCACAGGGACACGUGGAGGUCGUUGAGUAUCUACUAGAAGCCGCAGGGAGUAGCCUAGCUGCCAUCGCAAAGAGCAACGGGAAAACAGCAUUGCACUCGGCGGCUAGGAACGGUCACGCGGAAGUGGUAAAGGCAAUUGUGGCGGUUGAACCAGACACGGCGACAAGGACUGAUAAAAAAGGUCAGACGCCACUUCACAUGGCGGUCAAAGGACAAAGCCUUGACGUGGUGCUUGAGCUAAUGAAGGGACAUCGCUCGUCGUUGAAUAUCGUUGAUUCUAAAGGGAACACUGCGUUACAUGUUGCUACUAGGAAAGGUCGCACUAAGAUUGUGGAAUUGCUUCUAGAGAACAGCGAGACGAGUACAAAAGCGAUAAACAGAGCUGGAGAAACGCCGCUUGACACCGCCGAGAAAACUGGCCACCCCGAGCUCGCGGCGGUUCUCAAAAACCGCGGAGUUCCCUCAGCUAAAGCCAUCAACAACACUACUCGCCCAAACGCAGCGCGUGAGCUCAAACAAACGGUGAGCGACAUCAAACACGAGGUUCACCACCAGCUAGAACACGCUCGAGAGACGAGGAAACGCGUUCAAGGAAUCGCCAAACGCAUAAACAAAAUGCACGUCGAAGGUCUCGACAACGCCAUUAACUCCACCACAGUCGUAGCCGUUCUAAUCGCCACCGUCGCUUUCGCCGCCAUUUUCACCGUCCCUGGACAAUACGCCGACGAGUUGAGUUCACUCUCUCCUAGACAAACUCUCGGAGAAGCGAACAUCGCAGAUAGACCCGCGUUUGCGAUCUUCUUCGUGUUCGACUCGAUCGCGCUUUUUAUAUCUUUGGCGGUUGUGGUGGUUCAGACAUCGGUGGUUGCGAUUGAGCACAAGGCCAAGAAGAAUAUGAUGGCUGUGAUAAACAAGCUAAUGUGGUUAGCGUGCGUUUUGAUAUCGAUUGCGUUUUUGGCGUUAGCGUUUGUGGUGGUUGGUGAAGAGGAGCGGUGGCUAGCGGUUGGAGUGACGGUGUUUGGUGCGACGAUAAUGCUAACGACGAUUGGGACUAUGUGUUAUUGGGUCAUUAUGCAUCGAAUCGAGGCUUCCAAUGUCAGAAGCGCGAGGAGAGAGUCGAUGGCUAGAUCGAGACAAUCUGGAUUGUUGGAUUUUUCUGGGAUUUUGACCAAGAGAAUGUAUGCUAUCUAG